AUGGCUGCCCCCCUGCUCCUCCUCCUCCUCCUCCUCACCUUCAUCACAGGCGUGCAUCCGCUGACCUGGGUCAACGUGAAGGUGGGGGACAUGGUGGAGCUGCACUGUGGAAGCUGCGAACUCAACGACUCGGUGACGCUCUGGAGAAGGGAGAACGAGCCGACGGUGUUCCUGUACAGCAACAUGUCGGCGGCGGAGCAGGACCAGCUGGGUGUGAUCGUUCACCAGAACGUCCUGGUGAUCCUGAGCACGUCUGAGAACCACGGUGGGAACUAUUCCUGCACUCAGCUGGGGAACACCAGCAACCAGUCAUGGUUUCUCCUGAGAGUCUAUUCAACUCAGUCCAAAGAGUACGACAAGAAGUACACGUACGACACGACCUGUUACACGCAAAAGGCCUGCACGUUGGUUUGUCCCACAGCGAACCGCCCUGAGGUAGAUAUCCCCAACCUUACGAGCACUGGGAUUACAUGGCACAAGAACGGCGAGCUGUCGGAGGGUUACUUCCCGAGCAUCGAAGAGAAGAACAGCGGAGUCUACAUCUGCACAUGGUCCUACUUAUAUUCUGGUCAGACAUAUAACCGCUCAUUUAUAAUGAUCCUGGAUGUCCUAACAGAAAAACAUGGGGCGAGUGGAAUCUCUUCACCACAAGACGGUCAAGUUUUUCACGUAGAACUUGACACGACGGUGGUGAUCACUUGUAAAGCCGUCCCAGAUUCAUGCAGAUUCAAUUCCCUGUUCUGGCUGAGCGACGACCAGUUUGUUGAGGAUGACCAGAGCUGCAGAGUCUUCAACAACUUCACCUGCAACGACACAAGCAAGGAGAUGGCGGCAUUUUUAGUCUUCAAUAAAGUACAGGAGGAAGAUUUGUCAAAAAAUUUUACCUGUAAAUUUGAAAGUGACCAGCGUACAGCCUUUACCACCAUCACCUUGACUCAAAUAGCUCGUCCUUCGUACAUCACCGUGGCUGCGUGCACUGUCAUCAUUGUGGCAGUGAUGGCUGCAGCCGUCGUGAUCUACAUGAAGUUUAAAGUCGACAUUGCCCUUUACUUCAGAGACACUCUUGGCUGCCGAAGCAGUAGCUCAGAUGGAAAAAGCUACGAUGCGUUUUUGAUGUGUUAUAAGAGCGACGCAGAUGGAGGACUGGAUGAAGACGACCGAAGAUGGUUGGAGAGAACUUUGGAGGAGCAAUUUGGUUAUAAGUUGUGUCUUUAUGAUCGAGAUGUUAUACCCGGCCAAGCCCAAGCAGAAGCGGUUUUGGACUCAGUAGGGCAGAGCCGGGCUGUGGUUUUAGUUCCCUGCUCUCCGGAUCCUGGACCAGGAACCGCUCUGCUGAGCGCCAUCCACGCAGCACUGGUGGAGAGGCGGACUCGCCUGGUUUUCAUUGACACGGCGCAGACGGAGGGGUCCAGAUCCAGCUCGUUAGCGGAGGCUCUGCAGCUUCUCAGUGAGGCCGGAGACUGCAUCACCUGGAGGGGCAGGACACCUUCCUCCUCAUCCUCUUUCUGGAAGCAGCUACGCUACCACCUUCCUGCUCCGCAGCGUGCACAAAAACAGAUGUACCAGCUUUUACCAUAA